AUGCCAACACCGCAACAUCCAACAACAUGGCGCGAACUUGAAAAAUUGCCAUAUCUGACGGCAGUCAUCCGCGAGGCCCUACGCUUUUCUGGAAUAGUUAUGCGACAGCAGAGAAUCUCGCCGACAGAGGCCUUAAAAUACAAGGAUAUUGUGGUGCCUCCUGGGACACCAGUCAGUAUGAUCGCACGUUUCGUACAUAUGGAUCCCACCAUUUUUCCUGAUCCGACGAGGUUUCACCCUGAACGUUGGAUGCUGGCAGCAGGGCGCGAAGAAGGCCUUUCAAAGUUCCUUGUGACAUUUAGCAGAGGUAACAGGGGCUGUAUAGGCAUGAACUUGGCCUAUGCGGAAUUAUAUAACACCCUCGCAGCUGUUGUCCGUCGAUUCGAUUUGGAAUUGAACCAGACGACACCAGAGAAUAUUCGGUUUGUACGAGACAAACUUCUUCCACGGAGCAAGGAUGGUUCCUGGACGGUCCGAGUCAAGGUUGUUGGAAUCCGUGAGCAAUAG